AUGGAUAUUUCUUCUGAUGAAUCAUCUACAUCUAUCUACCAAAAUAGUCAAUACCAUGAGAAAAUAAGUCGAAAAUUUGAAGAAAUCACCUCGACGGCUUCAAAAAAUAGCGAAUGGGCGACUUUUAGGGAUCUUUACCAAUAUCAAGGCUUUUGGUAUUACGAGGGAUUCCUACAAAGGAUUCUGCAAGCUCAAGAACAGUUCAAAGCUCAGCCUACUGACAUCAUUUUAUGUACGACACCUGACUCCGAUGCCUUGAGGCUCCAAACUUUGGCUUUUGCUAUCAUGAAUAGGACUACUACUAGUUCAUUGGAAUCUGGAAAUCCUUUGCAACCCAAAAUCCCUUGUUUGGAAAUGGAUCUUUUUCCCAUGCACAAAGAUCUAGAAAUUUCUUUUAACCCUAAAUUACCCUUAUUCACAACACACAUACCUUACACUUCUCUUCCAAAGUCCAUCAUAGACUCAAAAUGCAAGAUUGUGUACAUGUGCCGAAACCCUAAAGAUGUUCUUGUUUCACAAUGGCGUAAUAUAGGGACUACGGAUUUGGAUAGGAUUCCUUUGAACCAAGCAUACAGAUCAUUUUGUAAAGGGGUUUCAAAUUAUGGGUCAUUUUGGGAUCAUGUGUUAGGAUACUGGGAAGCAACUAUGAAAUGGCCUGAUAGGGUACUAUUCUUGACGAAUGAGAAGUUAGAAACUGAAACAUCUUUCAAUGUAAGAAGAUUAGCUCAGUUUUUGGGUCGGCCUUUUUCUUUAGAUGAAGAAAGGCGUGGAGUUGUAAGAAAGAUUUCCAUGAAGAAAACUAAAGAAAUACAAAGAAACAAAGAUGUUGAAGAUCAAAUGGAUUAUCUUUCUAAAGAGAUGAAGGAUCAUAUAGAUCAAAUCACUAAAAACCGGUUCAAAGGUCCGGGUCUUAUAAUUGGUUAA